CCUUAACCCCGCGACUGCUCGUCCCAGCUCCGAGCAGGAACGCCCGCGCGGGGCGCCCAUUGGCUGUCACGCAGCCAGGCAGGCCGGUGAUUGGGCGACCUGAGAGGCGGCCGACGGCGGGCCCAGGUGGUGGGGCCAUGGCGGCGUCCAGCCUAAGAGCGGAAUUGGAUUCUCUGCUCUUGCAGCUGCUUGGGGAUCUGGAGGAACUGGAGGCGAAGCGGGUGGCGCUGAACUCUCGGGUGGAGGAGGGGUGGUUCUCGCUCUCCAAAGCUCGGUACGCCAUGGGUGCCAAGGCGGUAGGACCCCUGCAGUAUGCCUCCCGCAUGGAGCCCCAAGUCUGCGUCUCCACCUGCGAGGCCCAGGACAGACUGCAGAAGUUCCGGGUGGUGAAGGCCGGCGCCCCGACCCCAGAGGAGGUGGGGCCCCGCGAGUCAACUUUGCGCAGGCGCAAGGGCCCCAGCAAGAUCCAGGAGCCUGAGCCGGAGACAUCCCCAGUCCCUCAGGACCCUCUGAACUGGUUUGGAAUCCUGGUUCCUCACAGUCUGCGGCAGGCCCAAGCUAGCUUCCAGGAGGGCUUGCAGCUGGCCGCAGAUAUAGCCAGCCUUCAGACCCGCAUCGACUGGGGUCAAAACCAGCUCCGUGGGCUCAAGGAGAAGCUAAAGCAGCUCGAGUCUGAGGCUGCCUGACCUGUGACUCCAGAAACAGUGCAGUGACACUACUGUUCUUCCUGUGCUGCCUCAUCUGAGGCGUCUUUCUUCAGCUGCCCAGACCCCAGCCAGUAACCCCUUCUUAAAGUUUCUCUGGUUUGCAUGUUUCAAACUUUGUAAAUGUGACGGCCUCAGGAGGCAAAAACACUGAUGUUGAAAGUCUCUACUGUUAGUAACUAAGCAAGGUCUCAAUGCCAGUUAGAUCCUGUAGAUAGUUUAUGAAGUAAUCAAAGUGAGGCUUCAAAUGCUGGAGCGAGCUGACGUGUUAUUCUGUGAGAACUUUUCCAUGAUACUCAACUUCAAACUAAGUUUUCAUUUAGUUUAUAUAGUAGGAACACUAAGUUCGUACUUAGUACAUUUGUAAUUAUUUUUGACAAGAGGGGCUUCUAAUGUAAAUGGACCUGACCUAAAGAUAUGCUGAUGCUAAAGGAAGGCAUUGCAGCAUUUAACAUCUUCCUUUCAAAAUAAUACCGUGAUUUUUUCUAAGUGGGUGGAUGAUAAAUACUGGCUGGUUUCACUUAUAUGUGGAAUCUAGAGAAACUAAACAAAGGGUCAGACAGACAACUCAUAAGAGGGUCAGCAGACUGCAGAUCUGACACACUCAGGAGGAGCCGGAGGCCGGGAGGACAGAGGGCAGUGGGGGAGGAGAGCCCGUGGAGUGGUGGAGGACUGUGACUGCACCUGUGUGGAAAAAUCCUGUAGUGAAAAAAUAAACAAGGAUGUUUAAAAACAAAACCCUAAAAUAAUGCCCUGUAUUGAUGCAAAAGCUGGGAACCCAUUCUGAAAUCUUCUCUUUGGUUCCUUGGUCAUUAGCAGGGUAAAAGACUAACUCUAUCUGCAGGCAGCAGAUUUCAGUACAUAGGAUGGAGCCUGCGGAGGUGACUGCUUUUGCCUCCUGGACCAGGGGCAGGGUCUCCAGAAAACUUUACAAUUUGUUCUUGCUACUGUGAAACCAAUUCAGGGCUUGUGUUAUAUUAUAGGACACUCAUGGGGCUGGUUAGUUGAUUAACAACUGAGAGAACCUCCUGGAUCUAUCAGCUGUGCUUUCAUUACAAGAUUUGAAAUUCAAAGGGUUAGUGGCAGGUGUUAUCUCUGAUAGUUAACUAGGUGUUUCUGAGAUAAAGUGAGGAUUAGAACCCUGGAGAAGAGACUGAUGGGAAAGGGGUUCCCAGUCAGUUGCUUCUAAAACUCUUACCUGGGAGAGUUUGGUUUUAUAAAAUACUGAGAUAGGCGGAGUUUUGUCAAAAAACAAAAAGUAGAGGGGUUGCAACUGAAACAUGCACAAGGCAGAAAAAUCCACCAGCCUCAUGGGCAUACGUUAGUUUCCCGAUGGGCAGCCUGCUUCUCUUAAUCUCUGGUAGGCAGUUUGCAGGUAAGAAAGACAAGAAUUUGGAAGGCAGGAAAUGCCUGUUUGGCUGGCCAUUUGUGGGUGACUCUGAGAGGAGGGGAGGCUUGGGAAUGAGGCUGCUGGGUGACAACAGGAUUUUUGAGGGCCCUUCCAGCAGGUCUCAGUCUGCUACUUCUGCCUCUAUCCCUUUCUUUGCCCAAAACGUGUUAUAUUUGUUAUCUUUCACAAAAGGAAGGACAAGGAAUAGGUGCCUCAGUUUUACUUGAACCCUCAAAACUAAUGUUAAUGCAGGUAGUAGCCAUACACAUUACAGGAUCAAGACAGAAUGGCUCCCUAUAACUAAAAAGUACAAACACCUGAAUAGGUGGGCAGCGAUUGGUAGUUUUUGUUUUUGUUUUUUUUUUAAAUCAGAAAGUAAGAACAAUCUGGCCCUCCCUGCAGCAGGUUGGA